GGGCCACUGUAUUCGUGCCGUGGUUAUGGCGACCUCUUCUUCCUCCCUCCCCUCCUUGUCGCGGCCAUUGUUCCUAGCUCGCCAACAACACCAGGAGGCAGCCAUGUCCGCUCCGCUCGUCGCCUCCCAGAGGCGGCGCAACGGCGGUGGGGAGCAGAAGCAGGAUCUUGUGAUGCAGAGGUGGGCUGAGAUGGUGUUGUGUUGUGGCGUGGAUUGGGGGUGCGUGCCGCAGCUGUGGAACAGGGUGGUGCUGCGCAAGUGGCUCAACAUCGGCUCGGGGUCCGGGGACUCCGACUUCAGCGCCGAUGAGGGCGGCACCUCCGGUGGCGAGGCUGACCGCGAAGAUAUAUUUGGUUGGGAGCGCAAGCUGUCUGAUGAAGAGAGGAUAUUAGGUGGACUGGGUGCAAGCACGAUUGGUAAUCAAAUGAAGGAUGUAACUUACAAGCUUAGAAGGCACAAAUCAGAGACCCUUCGUGUUCAGUAUAUUGAUGUUAGAGAACUCAGGAUCUGUGUAGGGACAUGGAAUGUUGGAGGCAGAUUCCCACCCAGUGACUUAGAUAUUCAGGGAUGGUUGGAUAUGGAGGAGCCAGCUGAUAUUUAUGUUCUUGGAUUUCAAGAGAUUGUUCCACUAAAUGCCAGUAAUAUAUUUGGUGCGGAAGACAAUCGUCCAGUUGAAGUAUGGGAGCAUAUCAUCCGUGAAACUUUGAAUAAAAAUUGUCCAAAUAAAUCGAGGUUUAAAUGUCAUAGUGAUCCUCCUUCACCAUCAAGGUUUGAUCCAUCAAAUUAUGUUCUUGCGAUGGAAGAUGAUUUGCAUAGUGAGUCUGGCAACGAUAGUGAUGGGGAACUUCAUCCAUUGAUUGAGAAAGGUGUUAAUAUAGUUAUUAAUAACAGUGAAGUUAAUGAUGAAACAUGUAAAAAACCCACUUCUGCUUCAAACGAAAGAAUACAGAAAAUCAAGGACUCAAGCAGGAUUCCUUCAGUAAAUACUUUUGAUCACUUCCAUGACUUGGGUUAUGAAAAAUUGAAAUCUGAUAUGGAAGAGCCGACCAAACAAAAGAAGUUAACAAAAGUGCUCAGUCACUCAGAAAGGCUUGGAAUGAUUUGGCCUGAACAACCAUUGGAUAUGUUGGCUCGCCGUCUUCAGGACAGUGCAAAAUCAUCUACUUCAGUGAAGGCUCUAACAUCUUCUGUGUCUUUCAAAUCAACACAUGAGAAUUUCAAUGCUUUUUCAGAAGAGGAUUCAGCCCGUGGUGUGAACAUAGAUAACAGAGUUAAAAGGAAGAGACCAGAAUUUGUACGGAUAAUAAGCAAGCAAAUGGUGGGGAUAUUUCUUUCAAUAUGGGUUCGUAGAAGCUUGCGGAAGCACAUUCAGAAUUUGAGAGUAUCAACUGUAGGUGUAGGUGCAAUGGGUUAUAUUGGUAACAAGGGAUCAAUAUCAGUCAGCAUGUCUAUACAUCAGACUCAUUUUUGCUUUGUUUGUUGCCACCUGACUGCUGGUGAAAAAGAUGGAGAUGAACUAAAAAGAAAUUCAAAUGUUGAAGAAAUCCUCCAAAGAACAGUGUUUAACCCGGCUCCUAUUGUAGGCAUGCCUAACAGAAUACAUGACCACGAAAGGAUUAUAUGGUUAGGGGAUCUUAACUAUCGGAUCAACUUAUCAUACGAAAAGACGCUUGAACUUAUCUCCAAACAGGACUGGGAUGGAUUGUUCGAGAAGGAUCAGCUGAAGAGAGAAUUUAGGAAAGGAUGCACAUUUGAUGGUUGGGUUGAAGGAGUUAUCAGCUUUCCCCCAACAUAUAAAUACGAGUUUGACUCAGGGAAUUAUGUAAGCGAUGAGACAAAAUCUGGGAGAAGAACACCUGCAUGGUGUGACCGCAUUCUCUCAUACGGGAAGGGAAUCAGGCUACUUGCCUACAAGAGGGGGGAGCUUACACUUUCUGAUCACCGCCCUGUGACUGCAGUCUAUAUGGCAGAGGUUGAAGUUUUCCGCCAUAGAAAGCUCCAGAGAGCUCUAACAUUCACAGAUACAGAGAUUGAACAUCACCAAUAAUUGGGAAGGAUUGACUUUCUGAACAAAAAACCAUUGAACCAUGAGACAUGCGAUUUCUUAGCUCAUGUUCCAAGUGAGGAAAAGCAAUGCCAAUGCCAGUUUUCAGAACUUGCCAGAGGAGGUUCAAUUGCAUUACAUGAAUUUACCAGGACCGGCUGCGUAUGACUUCAGAUAUUCAUUGAUCAAGAACAUCUCAUGCAGUAUGCUUCAUUACAGGAGUCAAGCCAUAGUGUGUUUUGAAUUUUUUCCUAUUUUCUUCAUAAUGUUCUCACUUCAUCUUCAGUUAGGAAAAAGUACAAAAUCAUGUAUAUCAUUUUUUUAACGACCAUUGUCGUUCAAGUUCUUGUGUAUAGUCUUUCAUU